AUGGGGAGAACAAAGGAAGCUGGCUCUUUCGCUCAUAAAAGGUCAAAAGGAAAAGAUCGAGGAGGUUCAGUUGUUAAAACGGGUUUUGAUGGUCCCCUACAGGCUCCUUGUAGAAAGACAGUAUCCAUUUUCAAGCAACCAGUUACUUUAGUACACACCACGAGAAGAGAAACAAAAAGCACAUCUGCUGAGCAGCUGCGACGAGGUACUCGUGGAGGCCGUUUAAGAAAUGAAAAGCCACAUCAGUUGUUUUGGGCAAAAGCCCUGGAGGGUUUGCAAGCAAUGGUUCCCGUACGUGUAUAUGACCGUUUAAAUGUGGACGAUAAUGAGUAUAUACCACAAAAUUUAAAUCUGGCUGGGAAAAUGGAACCUGCUUGCAGUCUUCUUGGUAACAGUGCUUCUGCAGCUACAGUUUGUGCUGCGAUCCAUGCGCACCAGUCAGUUGACGCCAUUUUAAGGAAUCCAAUAACUGGACAGGCCUCAACAGCGAAACAGUUUGACGCUAAUCCAGCGAUCAGUACGAAUGUUGACCAACCAUUCGUGCAGGUUUUAUCAGUCAGUGAUCAAGACAUGCAGACUCAAGAAAGGCGAGUACUGGAUCUACGGAAAAGAUUGCAAGAGGCACGGAAGCAUUUCCAUGUAUAG